CUUCUUCUUCCUUUUCUUGUUCAAAGUCGAUGUCGUCCGUCAACACCAACACUGAAGCCUUCGUCCCUGCUGCUUCUGCGACGGAUCUCCCGCCUCCACUAUCGAAGCCCACUAAGACGGUGAGGGCAAUGAUAAAGGGGAGGGUGCAAGGGGUGUUCUACAGGAACUGGACAGUGGAGAACGCGAAAGAACUGGGACUCAAAGGAUGGGUGCGCAACAGGAGGGAUGGCUCCGUCGAGGCCCUCUUCUCCGGCGACCCCGGUUCCGUUAAUGAAAUGGAGCAGCGUUGCAGGCGUGGUCCCCCAAGUGCCAUGGUCACCUCUCUCCAAGUCUUCCCGUCCGAUCAGGAUCCUGGCCCGGGCUUCGAGCGCAGACAAACUGUUUGAUAGUAUUCCUCUCCAUUCGUUCCUUCAUUCAUCCC